AUGCAAUUGCUCCACAAUAAUAUAAAGUUCGUGAACCGAUUUCUCCCCCAUACCAAUCACUGGUUGAUUCUAGUUGCGUCGGUUCCGGUGUCUUUAUCAUGCGGAACUCUAUUCGUAUACUCCGUUUAUGGAACACAGCUAGCAGACAGAUGUCAGCUCGAUUCUUCUCAGGCCGCCAACUUGAACAUUAGUGCUACUAUUGGUACAGCUUUUGGUUCGGUGUUAGGUGGGUUUGUCACCGACAUCUACGGCACUCAAAUCCCUAUGCUAAUAUCAUGCUUUUCUAUUUCAAUAGGCUACUUGUGGCUCUAUUUUCAGUAUACUAGAGGACCGCAAAGUAGUUUGAUCCAGCUCUUGAUGGCUAUGUUUUUGGUGGGAAUUGGCUCAGUAGCAGGCUACUUCAGCUCUAUCAAGGCAGUUACCAUUAGCUUCCCUCUAUACAAGGGCUCAGCUCAGAGCAUCACAAUUGCAUCAUUUGCUAUAUCCAGUUUGCUCUUUCUGUACAUUGCCACAAAUACCUUUCAUGGAGAUGUAGGACGAUUCUUACGCUUCUUGUCUUUUGCCUGUGGUCUACUGAUCUUUAUCGGCUUUAUAUUUAUUCGUGUUGAUGGCCAUAUCGAUGCAGAAGUUGAAGACAACAUCGAGGACGCCACCGAACAUAAUGACCUCAAGCAUUUAACGCUUAAGCAGUCGUUCUCUCACCCGGUAUUCUGGUACCACUACUUCAUAUUUGCGAUUGUCCAAGGGUUGGGCCAGAUGUAUAUUUAUUCGGUAGGGUUUUUAUUGAAGGCCAUUCAUUACUACUAUACUCAUAAACCUGGACGACUCGAAUCGGAGAUACUAUCAUUAAACAAAUUGCAAGCGUUGCAUGUUUCGAUUAUUGCAAUUGCUUCGUUUCUUGGUAGAUUGUCGUCUGGUCCACAAUCAGAUUAUUUGGUUCAUAAACUCAACAGUCAGAGACACUGGGUUCUAGUUUUAGGAUUAUUCUUGAUGCUUGCUGGACACUUGUUGAGCUCAGUUCGUAUAAAUGCAAUAUUCUCAGAUUUAGAUACUGUGAACUUGUAUUUACUGGUGGUAUCAGCCUUGAUUGGUUACGCGUAUGGGUUUAGUUUCACCAGCUAUCCUGCCAUUAUAUCAGACUUGUUUAAUAUUAAAAAUUUUAGUUUCAUCUGGGGAGCGAUGUACACUGCAACUACGUUUGGCCUUACAUUAAUGACUAAAGUCUUUGGGUAUGUUUAUGAUGUAAACACUGUUCAUUGGGACGAGCACGAGAAAGAUUUCGUUUGCGCCAAGGGUUCCGAUUGUUACAACUUGACCUUUAGAAUCACUUCUGGUUUGACUUUUCUUGUUAUUGCUGCGAUAUUAGGCUACAUCUAUGAGAAGCGACCAAAGAAGUCCAUAUCGUUGUAA